UAUAAAUAGUGGACCUCUUCUUCCCUACAUUCAGUCAUUCACUUCCAAUCUGAUUCUUUUCCCCACUUUCAUAACAGUAAGAAGAGAGAGAGAGAGAGAAAAAAAAGAAAGAAAAAAAACUAGCACUCAACAAAAAGAGCAAGAGAGACACCUCAGAAACACGUACCCUCAAAGAAAGAACCACUCUUCAACAUUUUCUAUUCACUGAAGAAGGAUCUUUGCACUUGCAGCCAUCCAUCAUGGUUAAGUCAGAGCACAAGAUCAAAUCGGAACCAUCAAAGGCAAUGCAAUCUUUAUCCUCAUCAUCAGCAUCAUCAUCAGAUUCAGAUAGCAAGAAGAAGAAGUACAAAGGAGUGAGAAUGAGGAGCUGGGGGUCAUGGGUGUCAAAGAUUAGAGCACCAAACCAGAAAACAAGAAUAUGGCUUGGCUCUUAUUCAACCCCGGAAGCUGCAGCAAGAGCCUAUGAUGCUGCACUUCUAUGCCUUAAAGGCUCCUCAGCAAAUCUUAACUUCCCUUCAAGCUCUUCACAAUAUAUUCUAGGAGAUGGCAUGUCUCCCAAAUCAAUCCAAAGAGUUGCUGCAGUAGCUGCAAAUAGUUUCAUUAACAAUGCCACUGUUCCCCCUUCACCAACUCCUCCAUCAACCUCAUCAUCAUCAUCAUUGGUCUCAUCCCCCUCAGUGGCUUCUUCUCCCUCGGAUCAAAUCGAUGAUGAAGCCUCACUAAUAUCAUCCUUUGAGGCCUACACUAGUUCUGAUCAAGCAAAUGAAUCAAUGGCUGUGAUGGAACCUUGGUACACCUUUGCUGAUGAUCUUCAAUCACCCAAGUAUGUUGAUCAGAUGUUAAGUGGUGCUUUCUUUGAUGCUGAUUCGUCUCAUCUGCUUGAUGAUCUAUACGAAGAAAGCGACAUUCGUUUGUGGAGCUUCUGUUGAGAAAAACUCGAGCCAACUCCAAUGUUUCCCUUUUCUCAAAAAUUCAAUUUGUUUGUCUUCAGUGGUAUAACUUGAAGAUGUUAUUCAUUAUGACCAUAUUAAAAUUUGUAUACCAUAUGCUACAUAGCAGCGCAUAUUAGAUGAAAUUCAUAGAAGACAUUUUUUUGGCAUCUCUUAUGUGGAUUUCUACGAGUUUGAGAUUAUGUAUUAUUGAUGCAAAGCUUGUUAUGUCAAUGCCAUGAAUGGUUUCCCAUGUGUCACAGAAUAAAGAGAGGAAAAAAACAUGUAGUCAUCAAUAUCCUUGGUUAUAAGCAAUUCCUUUCACUAUUUUUUAAUGUAAGGAAGCUUUUGUUAUUGAUUAUCUUUGGGGAGGCGUUUGUUGCAUGGGAAGGUAUCAGAGAUGCUUAUUUCCAAUUCAAUGAGAAUAGGGAACCAUGUACAGAGCGUGGUAAAUUGAAACCAUUGGAAAAAGUGUGUCUUUUCGAAGUAUUGUCUGCUCUCUAGUGUGCCAAAAGAACAAAGAGUGUUCCCUUGUUUUAAUGUGGAAGUUUGGAAUUUUAUACCUUAUUUUUCUCUUAGAUGGAAAUAAAUCUUGGUUAAUUUCCAGUUUAUGCAUAGAUGGAUUGGAUAGCCUAGUGCAUAGUGGUCGAUUUUGUACUACCUCGAGAGUUGUUACCCUCCCUCUCCCUCCUAUAGUUUUGGGGUAGAAUUUGGGAAUGCUUUUAAAUAAUUGAGUUGAUGAAGGGAAAAUAAUACUGUAAUUGCAAAUCAACGAUGAUUUGAUUGUAUGAUGAUUCCUCAAUUUCUAUUGUUUUUUAAUUGGGCCAACUUUAUUUGCCUUUAGUAGCAUAUGAUAUCUAGCGAAAAAGAAAACUUCUAGUCAUGCCUGUCGAUGCAAGCAACUCUUUAUUUUGUAUUUCAUGUUAGUGUAACGUGUCCAGAAUAUUAUAUGCAAGAUCAUAUUCUUUACACAAUAAGAAGGCUAGACAAACUUUGACGCUUUUUGGCCAACUUUUGAUCCGGAUCACGUGUCCGAACCGAAUCAGCAGACAUGACCCGUCCUUUUGUGAAAUGGGUGAAGGCAUGGGAUGCCAUUCUCUCUUGUUCUUUUUACAUUGCAUCUAACUAGUCUCAACUCAACAUGGACAAAGAGGCAAUGGGAGCAUAGAAGAAAGCUUUUGCUUUUGGUAUUACUUGUUCACCAAUACGCAGGAAGAAGGGCAGGGGAUCUACCCUUUCCCUUGACACCUUAAUUUGUUUCUCUGCAAUCUGCAUGUACAUGUACAUAUUCUUGAGCCUACAUAGCAUUAUGUUCCUAAGGCAUCAAUUUAAUUUAGCUUAUUCUCUAUUUUAUGCACCUGAAAAUGAUAUAACUAAAUGACAAUCUAAAUGUUACGUUUUGAGACACAGCAUGUGAAUGUCCUUAUUUUGGCCAUCAGCAUGUGAGCUUAAUGUGUCAAUCAGUACGCGAUUAUAAAUUUAUAAUACAUUUUGUAAAUAGUUUUUUGUUUGAUAUCAACAAGCGAUUGCCUUGCUAGAUGCACUACUUAAUCAAGCUUGUUAUAUAUUUUUCUAAACCAAUUAAUUCUGUAUACAUGGACGAGGACACAUUAGUAAUUUUCU